AGUUCUUGUCUGUCACGCGGAAGAAGAGACUGCAUUCUGGUUUUGUAGUGGUUAUACUUGAAAACUGUGGACAUGAAUAUUGCCCCUAUUCUGCUUUGAGGCAGCUGGUUUCUUGACUUCUAUAAAAACUUUUCCCGAAAGUCCAGUAGACAAAUGGCUCAAAAUGAAUACACUCCACUUUUAAGGAACCGCCCUGAUUCCGCCCAGUACGGUGAAAGGAUUUACAACAGAGGGAGAUGGCGUGCAGAGGACGAAGCAUCAUCAUCGAGUCCAGCACCUUCACAGCCUCAGGUCAACAGCUGGAACGAGACACAUGAGUCAGUCGUUGUCUCAAGCGAUACAUUUUCUGCGACUCGAUCAGCGCGCCAUCAAAAUUACGAAUCAGCAGAUGACAAGGACAUUGUACUGGAGGAAGACCAUGACGCCCUUCGGGCUGACUUUGAGAGCUUGGACUAUGAGGUGUCUGACAAUCUCCUGUACCAGAAAGAGGAAAAAGACAAAAGUUCCAAGAGAUGGAAACUGUACUGGAGGGGCAUACGGCGCUGGUUCAUUUGUUUUCUCAUUGGAGUUAUCACGGGUAUCACAGCUGGCAUCAUUGAUCUUGGUGUUGAGAAAAUGUCCAGUGUAAAGUUCUCUUCAGUCAAGGAGCUGGUGGACAGGUGUGUAGUGGAUUACUGCAUGUACUCUCCUCACUUGAUAUGGCUGCUGUUCAACAUAGGACUUGUGAUGGUUGGGGCGGUCCUCACUGCCUACAUCGAGCCCGUGGCUGCUGGUAGUGGCAUCCCUCAGAUCAAGUGCUAUCUGAAUGGUGUCGUUGUGCCACACGUCGUUCGCAUCAAGACCCUUGUCACCAAAGUGGUUGGUGUUAUAUGUGCUGUGGCAGGAGGACUGGCUGUUGGGAAGGAAGGACCAAUGAUCCACUCUGGAGCUGUCAUUGCUGCUGGAGUCUCUCAAGGCCGCUCCACUUCCCUUAAUUUUGACUUUAACAUGUUUCAUGACUUCCGUAGCGACACGGAAAAGCGUGAUUUUGUGUCUGCUGGUGCUGCGGCUGGUGUGUCCGCUGCGUUUGGAGCCCCGGUGGGCGGUGUUCUCUUCAGUCUGGAGGAAGGAGCUUCUUUCUGGAACCAGGCACUGGUCUGGAGAAUUUUCUUCUCCUCCAUGGUGUCCACCAUGACUUUGAACAUUGUGCAGAGUUACAUCAAAGGUCACCCGUGGGAGCUCUCCUAUGCUGGACUCAUCAACUUUGGGACUUUCGAUAGUGUUCAAUACAAGUUUUAUGAGCUGUUCAUUGUAAUUGCCAUGGGUGCUAUAGGUGGCCUGACAGGUGCUGCGUUCAAUCACAUCAACUACAAGCUCACCAUUUUCAGAAUGAAAUAUGUACAGCGGCGUUGGCUUCAGGUGAUUGAAGUGAUGAUUGUGGCUGCUUACACUGGCUGCUUCGCAUACGUCUUAAUUUUCUUCAGCAAUGACUGUAAACCACUGAGGGAGAAUCGUGAGUCCAUGCUGGUGCAGUUUUUCUGUAAUGAUGGGGAGUAUAGUUCCUCAGCACGUCUUUUCUUUGAUACACCUGAGGCUACAGUGAAGAACCUGUUCCACAGCCCUCCAGGCACAUACCAAGUUCUGACCUUGACCAUCUUCGCCACUGGCUAUUUUUUCCUGGCCUGCUGGACUUAUGGCCUGAGCGUGCCCAGUGGACUCUUUAUCCCCUGUCUUCUUAUCGGAGCAGCAUGGGGUCGCAUUGUUGGCGUUUUGCUGGGAAUGACCGGCCAUGGUGCUACCUUUGGACUCAGCUUCUACUCUCUGGUUGGAGCAUCUUCACAACUGGGUGGUAUUGUGCGUAUGACAAUUAGUCUGACAGUCAUCCUGAUGGAGGCUACAGCCAAUGUUCCACUGGGUCUACCUGUGAUGAUUUCCCUCAUCGUGGCCAAGUGGGUGGGAGAUCAGUUCAAUGAGGGUAUCUACGAUCUCCACAUUCACCUGCAGGGGGUGCCUCUGUUAGGCUGGGAGCCGCUACCUAUGUCUGCCAAUCUCAGUGCUAAAUCUGUAAUGAGUCACCCAGUGACAGUGUUGCGAAUGCAUGAGUCUGUUGGCCGUAUUGCUCGCAUCUUGAAGGAAGAGUCACAUAACGGUUUCCCUGUUGUGGACGAGUAUGACCCUCACACUCCAAAGAUAGUUGAUGGCUGUGAGACAUUUGGGACAUUCCGUGGGCUGGUGCUGCGUAGCCAGCUGCUGAUGAUGUUGAAGAAAAAGCUAUUUCAGGAGAAUCCUGAUAUUAAUGAAAUUAUUGGUUCCUUGAAGAUGGCACAUUUCAACGACUGCUAUCCGAGAUACACGCCUAUACAGCGCAUCAGCCUCACCUCAGAGGAGCGCAACUACCACAUGAACCUGGAGCCAUUUAUCAACCAGUCGCAUUACGUUGUUCUAGAGAGUGCGUCUUACACUAGCAUCUUCAAAAAGUUCCGCUCUCUUGGUCUGCGCCACAUGGUCGUCAUCAACUUCCGCAACGAGGUCAUCGGCAUCGUGACGCGCAAAGACUUGGCUCGCUACACCACGGCGGUGAAUGAUGGAAUUGUCACCAUUGAGGAGAGAACUAUAGUGCAUUGAGACAGUGAGCUUUGUGUUAUCUAUUACAAUGAAGAAACAACUUUAGAUUUUUUAAAAAUAGCUCAGGAUGUUUUCAUAACAUUAUGCUAAUUUCCAAUUUUGGAGAUGGAACUUAUUUCCCCUUUUCAAACUUCCAUUUUUUAAAAUUCAAUGCUUUUAUUUGUGUUUUUUUUUUAGCUUGAACUAUUAUUUUGUGCACAGAUCAAGACUUUAAUUCUCUGAGAGCUGCCAAAAUACUCAACUCAACAUUUUGUAUUUACUGGUGACAUAUGUGUGUUUAUUUGUUUGUGUUACUGUUUGUUUGCCUGCGAAAAGUUAAUGGUCACCAGCCUGCGGAUGUCUCAGAACUGUUUCCAAUAUGACUGGGGUUCUUGAUAAAAAUGUUCACUUAUAAAUUGGCAUUUUUCAAAUGUUAUGUUUUUUAUGGAAUAUCAUAUGAGCAAUACAUGUUUAUAUUGGCAGUCUUGAUUAUCAAGUUGUUGGGAGAUGUAUGUAAGUAAAUCUACCUUGAAUAACAACACUACUUAACAAUCUUAGAGAAAUUUCUGUGUGCAUAGUUUAUGUCCAGUGUUCUCUUUGCCCUUCAUAUGAUUUUAGUUUUCUUCUGUGACAGAAAAAUGUAUGAGGGUUCCUUGAGAUUUGGAGAAAAAAAAAAUGCCCCAAAUCUUUUAUUCUUUUUGAGUUCAUAUCAUUUACUGCUUUUGAAUCAGAACUUGAGCUUGAAAGAGAACAUUUAAAACUUAUUGCACAUGUCAGCAAACUCAGCAUAUGUGAGGCAGUGUGGUGAAAUCAGGCGGUUGUCAAAAUAAUGAAAGUCAAGAACCUGGCAUUUUUCCGCAC